CUCGUUCCCGCCGCCUGGCCCUGAGGGAGGGGCGGCUGCCGGUUGCCGGCCGGAAGCGGAAGCGUUGUGCAGCGCGCGCAGCGCCAUGGCGUCUGUGGUGCUGAGUGAUGCGGAGAAGCUGUACAUCAUACACGGCGUCCAGGAGGAUCUCCGUGUGGAUGGCCGUGGCUGUGAAGAUUACAGAUGUGCAGAAGUGGAAACGGAUGUGGUAUCCAACACAAGUGGAUCUGCGAGAGUGAAGCUGGGACAUACUGAUAUCUUGGUUGGUGUAAAAGCUGAAAUGGGGACACCGAAGUUGGAGAAACCAGAUGAAGGUUAUCUGGAAUUCUUUGUUGACUGUUCUGCAAAUGCUACUCCUGAAUUUGAAGGCCGGGGAGGAGAAGAACUUGGCACAGAGAUAGCAAGUACUCUCUACAGAAUAUUUAGCAGUGAGGGGAGCGUAGACUUGAAAUCUCUUUGCAUUAAUCCCAGGGAACACUGCUGGGUUCUCUAUGUUGAUGUAUUGUUACUGGAAUGUGGUGGGAACCUCUUUGAUGCAAUCUCUAUCGCGGUGAAGGCAGCUCUCUUUAACACAAGAAUACCCAAAGUACGUGUUCUGGAGGAUGAAGAAGGCUCUAAAGAGAUUGAGCUCUCUGAUGACCCUUACGAUUGUAUUCGACUUAAUGUGGAUGAUGUGCCCUGCAUUGUCACGUUGAACAAAAUUGGAUAUAGGCAUGUGGUGGAUGCUACCCUUCAGGAAGAAGCCUGUUGUUUGGCCAGCCUGCUUAUUGCUAUAACCAGUAAAGGUGCCCUCACUUGUAUGAAGAAAAUAGGGAAAGGUAGCCUUGAUCCUGAGAGCAUUUUUGAAAUGAUGGAGACUGGAAAGAAAGUAGGAAAGUCAUUGCACGCAUCACUUCAGAAGGUUUUGGAUGAAGAGGAGAGUUUGGGGACCACACGUCAGAAAGUUGGAUUUCUAGGAUGAGUUUUUAUUAAAUGUUCAAAGCUGUUUUUAA